AAUAACAAAACAUAUUUUAAAAAUAUGUUUCACCAAGUGUUUAGUUUUUGUAUGAUGUUAAUAUUUUUGUGCUGGCGAUCAUUCGUAAUUGCGCAGAGUGGCCAUUCAGAUGAGGAAAUGAUACAACUGGCGGAUUUAUUAGGUUUAAGUCCGGCUAGUGCACGACUCAAAAGGCAGCCAUCGCUGAGUAAUUCAGCCACAAAAUUUUUGCUUGAGGUUUACAAAGAAAUAAGUGAAGGAGAUUCGCCCGAAGUCGAGCAACAGACGAGACACCGACGUGCAGUUGCUGAUGAAAACUUUAUAACAGCUUUUGAUCGUAGAGAGAUAGAACUCAGCAACAACAUAAUCACAUUUGCUAGUAGACCCACACCUUUCACAACAAAUUCGGCACUGUCCGGUGAUAUGCUACUCAAUUUUAAUUUAAACGAUAUACCAUCCGAUUUGGAGUUAAUCCACGCAGCAGUACGUUUAUAUCAAGAUCCCCAAGUUGGCAGGCACGGCAUGAGUGCGUUGGCGUCGCAACAACGUAACUUUACCAUUUCUCUAUACCAGCCAGUUGGUCAAUAUUUGCUUGUCGUUGCCUCUAUAAACGCUAGCACUGACUUCAGAGGUUGGCUGGAAUUGAAUGUAACCCAUUUAUUCAACAACUGGCUACAUUUUCGUACACUGCAGCAAACGCUCUAUGGCAAUGAAGUACUUGUUGGCGUCACAAUGCAUUCGCCGCUUGUGGGAGCAGCU